GAUGGGCUGGCCCAUUGUCGUGGGUGGACAAAGUAGCAUGGAUUGCAAGGCAAAAGUGGAAAAACAACGAUUGUGCUUGUAUUUGGUUAGGGAAGCCAAUCCCUAGCAAUUGCAACGGAACGUUUUUCUGAAACUCAAUGAAAAUGGCGUGGUGGUUUUGUGUAGGAACAGAUACCUAAUUCUCUCAGCCAACAUUCAACAACUUGUAUUGCUUAACCCAACUCCUGCAUCUUCAAUCGCCGGAGGAAUGGCGGAUGAUGAUUUGCCGCCGCCAAUUAGGCUAAUGAAUUUCGUAUCCGAAGAUCAGUUGGCAGAAGCUCGGAAGAACAGGGGAGCUAGAGUUGAAGAUGGUACUGCUCAGAGAGAUAGGCCCCUUUUCGAGAUUUUAAAGGAAAAUAAGGAUAAGAAAGAUGCUGAAUUCAACGAACGCUUCAAGCACAGGCCACCAAAAGCGCUGGAUGAAGAUGAGACUGAGUUUCUCGAUAAACUGGAAAUGUCCAGGAGAGAACAUGAGCGACAGAUUGCGGAAGAAGAAGAGCAGUAUCUGCGUAGUUUUCAGGCUGCAGUCGAAUCACAGUAUAAUGUUGUACACAAGCUAGAGGAUUCUCCUCCAGCUCCAAAGGAUCAGGAUAAGAGUUCAGUGGGUGGAAAGAAGAAGGCUCGAGCUGGGUCUUUAGGCAUGGUGAUCAAAGUGAUGCCCCAACCUAAGAAAGCAAAAGUGGAAACUAGAGAUGGCAAGGAACCUGAGACUACUGUUACUGGAUUGGUUUCGUAUAGUGAUGAUAGCGACAAUGAUGAUGACUCAUAGAUAUGCAAUCUUCAAAGUUAGUUGAUUGAUUUCGUCUGAGUCUGUUUGUUCAUGUUAUGCAGGUGUUCCUUUCUUUUCUUUACUAGUGUAUUAUCCUUUCGAUGCACGGAAAUAAUUUCAUUUUAUAUUAUCUCUCUCAAUUGUUUUUAUAA